UGGGGACACGGGCGUGGGGCCAGCAGCAGAGUGGCAGGGCGGGGGUGGCAGGUCCGCAGCGUCCCCGCGGGUGUGGCACACCUGUCCCCGUGAGCUGGCGCGGUGCCACAUCCCGCCUGCCCUGCGGGGCUUUAAGAGGCCGCGGGCUCGGCCGUGCCAGCGCUGUCCCCUCCUGUCCCCGCCAUGGCCCUGGCGCUGCCGCUGCUCCUCGCCCUGCUCGGGACCACCCCAGGUCUGGGGGCGCCGGGGGGGGGCUGUGGGGUGCCCCCCUCUGCCUGGUGCCAGGACUGGGUGACGGCGCUGCGCUGCGGGGCCCUGGGGCGCUGCCCCCACCUCACCCAGGGACCCCCCGAAGUGGACACCUGUGCCAUAUGCCAGCACUUCGUGGACUUCCUCCGCCAAAUCUCCAACCAAACGGCCGUGGAGGAGGUGCUGGAGCACGUGGUGGGGUUGGUGUGCCCACAUCUCCCUUUGGUGGAGAUCCCGUGCCAGCAGCUGGUUAAGUGGCUUGUCCAUCAACUCCUCCGGGACCUCCAGCACCUCAAGCCCCGCGAGGUCUGUGCCAAGCUGCAGCUGUGUCCUGCAGAGCCCGGCGCCGCGCUGGCCCUGCCCGUCCUGGAGGUGCCCGGCAGCCACCUGCAGGGCUCCGGGCUGUCCCCGCAGGCGCUGCCGCUGCCGCUGUGCUGGCUGUGCCGCUCGCUGGUGGCGCGGGCCGAGGCCGCUGUCCCCGUGGGCUCGGUGGCCGCGGCGGUGGCCGGGCUGUGCCGGGCGCUGCCGUUGCCGGUGGCCGGGGCGUGCCAGUGCCUGGCCGAGCGCUACGCGGCCCUGGCGCUCGAGCGGCUGCUGGGCCGCCUGGGGCCGCGCCUGCUCUGCCGCCUGUUCCUCGCCUGCCGCAGCGGGGACAGCGGGGACAGCGAGCACGCGGGGACGCUGCCACCGCCCUGGGUGCUGGAGACCAUCGUGGUGCGGCUGGCGGACUGUGUCAGGGAGGAGGACCCCAAAGGUGCCGCUGUCCCUGCACUGUCCCUGGGCCCCUGUGCCCUGGGCCCCAUCUUCUGGUGCUCGGGCCCGGAGGCCGCGCGGCGCUGCCAGGCCCUGCAGCACUGCCGGGAGCACGUCUGGCUGUAG